AUGCGUGCUAAGGAAACGAAAAAAAUCACACGAUCCAGAAAAGGAUGUCAUAACUGCAAAAGGCUCAAGAUCAAGUGUGAUGAAGAAAAACCAAAAUGCUCCAAUUGUGCCAAAUCGAAAGUUACCUGUGACUAUUCAUUGAAAUUGACUUGGGGCGGGCGUCCGUUCAAGUCUGAAAAGAAAAAAACGACAAUCAAAACAGAGCCUCAAUCCCAGACUCAAAACUUCCAAACUACCAAUGGUCUACAUAUCGGAAACUCACAGACCUAUGAUGGAAGUCCUCAGUUUGAAAGUGUAUCUGAUUCGUCCACCAGCUUAAAAGACUUUGGAAAUACUCCGAAGGGCCGAUAUGAUCCGUUCAAAAUUAUGGACUACCGAAGCCCGGUCGAUUCACUGCCAUUUACAACCUAUUCACCUCAGGAACUGGCCACGAGGGACACCGUAGGGCCCCAUGUUUUGCCUCCACCUCCUGCCAAGCAACAGAAAAUCAAGAAAGAAACUCGAGAACUUCCUCCUUUCUUUCCCGAAUCGUCAAUGGGUGGUACUGGGGACGACAACUUGUUCAAACAAUUUGAUGAGUCCACCCUUCAACAAAACAUGUCUGGUAGUGACCAAGCACUCAGUGAUCACAACAACAUCUACCAAGAAAUGCAGACCACAAACUCUAUCACGCUGCAAGUUAGUGACUUUCCCAUGUCGAUACUGUCGUCUCUCGUGGAAUCACUUCCGGAAAUUUCAGAUGGAGUUGAAGUUUUGAGCAAUGCGCUUAACCGAAUAUCCGGACGUAGUCACCAAUUUAACAUUCGUCACUCCAGCAUGCUCAAUAACUACAUUCAAAACUUCGAAGAGAGAAGUCCCACACCUGGCAUUUCUGAUACUGACCCAACAGACUCAGGCAUCAGCAAUACAGAACAAAUCGAGGCAUACGAUUUCAAUAGCUACUCCCAGGACUUGGCCAAAAUCGAAGCAUUCAUACCCAAGUCACCGUCCAACUUUACUCCAGACUUUCUGGGAGAAUUGAGAACCAUUCUCCGUGGAGGAACUCGGAAAAGAGCCUACGAUGAUACAGAGGAUAAGAUCGAAGAAUUGGACGGCUCUCUGUACCCUCUAGAUGAAUUCAACCAAGGAAAUGAGUCUCUUCUGCUAGCGCACGCUUUCACCCCAGCUGAAGUAUUUUCACAGGUCCCACCUCCCUUGACUCCAUUUCCCGAAUUGCUACUUCAAGUGCCAUUUUACAGAAGCCUUAUGCAUUUUUGGGUUCAUUUUGCUUCACUGCAUUUGGUCCCUGCACCAUCCCAUGUCUAUUUGGACAAUCCAUUCAAAGUUAUUCUUCCUCAAAUGGCCAUGGAGUAUCCCGCAAUUCUCACCACUCUUUUAGCAUUUUCAGCAUCUGCAAAGGCACUGUUAACUGGAAUUCGAGAUGUGCCGCAGGUUAUUAUAGAUCAACUUUUGGCUCGCUCAUGCAAUGAGCUCUUAAAGCUGUUAAAGGACAAGAAGGAGGCCACUUCUGACGGCACCCUUGCUACGGUAUUGAUGCUUUCGAGUUAUGAAGCCUUCAACUCAAUUAAUUUUGAGCGUUCCAGAGCUCACACUGUUGGGGCCAGACAGAUUGUUAAGGCUCGCAGACUUAUUUUACCACGAAUCGAAGAAGGUAGCAGCCCAGAAUCUGAUUCAAGUGCAGAUUCUCCAGGACUGGUAGUUGGCCAAGAAAGUGACAUUGCAUUUUUCUUGAUGAGAUGGUUCGUAUACUUGGAUGUUAUUGGUGCAUUAUCUGCCACAAAAAAUUCCCACAACUACCUCACCACGAGAAAUUAUAUGGACGACGGGACAAGACUUGCUGACGAAACUGAGGAGGAUACAGACCACAUCCCGUUGGAUCCCAAGCGAGACAUAGACCAUCUUCUUGGAUUUGACGUCAAAUUCCUUCCACUUUUUUCAGAUGUUGUUUUACUUAUUAGAGAGACCGAGUCUUACGUUCAAGAAAAUGGGGAAGGCAAUCUACCCAUCCUGAUCAUUACAAGAGCAUCUGAGUUGCGAGACAGAAUAUUGAGAUCGUACGAGGUUGGAGAAAGAAGAAGAGAUGUCACCAUAGAUAUAAUCAAGGAUAACGAUGACGACAAGAGCAACAAACGACAUCUCAAAACAAUCAAAAAGCUUAUAGAUCAACAUAUGAUUCUCCGUUGCACAAACAAGGUGUUCUGUGAAAUGGCGUUGCUCAAUCUUUACCGGCGGGCAUUAUUGAUUCCUCGAAAAUCCACGAUAAUACAAAAGCUAACGGGAAGUAUUGCCAUAAUCUUGGACGAAAAAAUCGAACCCAGGUCCACUGCCGAAACUUGCUCCAUCUUCUGUUUCUUUUGUGCAGCAUGUGACACCUUGGAUCCACAAGCACGAAAUAUGUUUGAGACGAGGUUUACGAACAUGGCAAAGACAGGGAAUACCAACGCAGCGAAAAGUCUUCAGAUAAUGAACCGUUGCUGGGAAACGGGAGAUACGUGGAUGCAAGCAUCCAAGGACUUAGAUAUAGACCUUACAUUGUUAUAG